AUCCUUUUCCUGUCACCCCCAGGCAGAUUUAGCUGCUGACAGCUGCUUGGGACUCUGCCGCCAGGCCUUGGCCCAGACCCGCCGCCUCUCCUCUCUCUCAGCGACUCCCAAGCCUCAGGCCCUCCAUGGCCCAGAAAGAAGAGACCGCUGAGGCCGCGGCGCCUACCUCGCAGGAUGGUGAGGAUCUGGAGAAUCCGGAGGACCCCAAGAAGCUGAAGGAGCUGGUGGAGCUGCCGCCCUUUGAGAUCGUCACAGGGGAGCGGCUGCCUGCCAACUUCUUUAAGUUUCAGUUCCGGAAUGUGGAGUACAGCUCCGGGCGGAACAAGACCUUCCUCUGCUAUGUGGUUGAAGCGCAGAACAAGGGAGGCCAAGUGCAGGCCUCGCGGGGAUACCUAGAGGACGAGCACGCCGCCGCGCAUGCGGAGGAAGCCUUCUUCAACACCAUCAUGCCAGCCUUCGACCCGGCCCUGUGCUACCUGGUCACCUGGUACGUGUCCUCCAGCCCCUGCGCAGCUUGCGCUGACCGCAUCGUCAGGACCCUCAACAAGACCAAGAACCUGCGCCUGCUCCUCCUGGCGGGGCGGCUCUUCAUGUGGGAGGAGCCUGAGAUCCAGGCGGCUCUCCGGAAGCUGAAGGAGGCUGGCUGCAAACUGCGCAUCAUGAAGCCCCAAGACUUCGAGUACGUCUGGCAGAAUUUCGUGGAGCAAGAAGAGGGCGAAUCCAAGGCCUUUGAGCCCUGGGAGGACAUUCAGGAGAACUUCCUGUACUAUGACGAGAAGUUGACUGACAUCCUGAAGUAGGCGAGUGGGCUCAGCCUCACGUCUGUCUGCUGCCACCAAGAGACAGCAAAGACACAUGUGGCCAUCUGGGACAUGCCUGACUUCCCAAUACCACUUGGAGCUGGACAACAUUUGACACAAACCAAUCCUACUGCACAACGCCCUCCGAGGACUCAAAAUACACUUAUGCUGUGAAUCAUUUAAGCUGUGCCUCUCUCUCUAAGGCUGCUCUUGGGAAAGAGGAAAGUGAGCUGCGAAGAGAGAAACGGCAACCAUAUAUGGGCACCAGGCAUCCGUGGGGCUGAAGGUCCGCAUUAUUCCCUCAGUUGGGCUGCUUAGGUCGAAGAGCCUCAGACCCAAAGUCUGCACAGAUCUUUGAAAUAUGUCCAGAAGUGCAUCUUAAGUUGGGAUCUUUUUUUAAGAAAAAUAGCAACAUUAAUAAAAGAGGUGGUGUGGUCUUUCUGUGACCAAGUUUUUUAAGGAACUUGGACAUUUAGAAGUUAUUAUGGACAGUGGGCAAGUCC